CUCACUUUCAUUUCCCAUUCGUCAUUUUCUUCUGCACGCGCACAUCUCCUGUGCAUUUCAUAGAGCCAUAGCUAUAUGAGCAGCUGCACCCUCUCAACAUACUGAAGUCAUGGGCUCCGAGGGCAUUCAAAUCACUAUCCCCGACUUCGACAACGACGACUACUCGUCUACCCCCAUUCCUUUCGGUCGCCCUACCUUUGGUGCCUUUGGCCAAGGCGGCUCCCCCUUUGGUGCAGCUGGCUCUGCCUUUGGAAAUGCAGGCUCGGGCUUCGGACCUGGGUCAGACUCCCCCACUGCACUCACCCCGACGCCCUUUUCGGAGCGCAACGACAAGAGUUAUUUUCACGCCCGAGGUGACUCGACAGCAUCGAUCGAGUCCACUCAGUCAAAGUUCACCCCCAAGCCUUUCUCGCACGCCCCCCAACCGUCUGUUGCUACGACUAGCAGCACACCGUUUACAAAGAAGUCCUCAUUUGCGUCUAUCCGCAACGCAUUCAAGACUGGUGCCAGGAAUGUCGAGGCGCCUCCUCCACUACCUUCCCUUGACAACAAUCCAAUACUCAAGAAUCCAUUCAAUCGGUCGACUUCGUCAUUGAAUCAGACUACAAAAUCCUCAUAUGCCAGCAGCCCACCUAUCAGACCCCCAACACCAUCCAACGAUUCUCGCUCCCGUGUACCUACGAGGGCACGAGGGCACACCACGAUAAAGUCUCAGCACUCUCAUAACGGGUCUCUAUUCCACUUCUCAGACACCGGGAGCGACUCGGGACACGGUUUUCCCUUCUCAUCAUCAUCUCCGCCUCCUGUACCACGCAUGCCGGGGCAAUUCGCAGGCUCGGUACGGAGUGAGAGUCCGAUGCUUGGCGACGAAGACGAGGCCCCCGUGCAGGGUCCUAAAACUCCCUCGGAAUACGCGCUUCACGCCGUGUUCAUCAGGUUUGCGGCUACAGCAGAAGGAAAGGUGGACGCGUUCCUCCGGGAAUCUUUGGACUUCGAGCCCUUGUUGACCGAUGUCUUCGGCCCUGGCAUCGACCCCAAGUUCGACGAUCACUUGAAGUCUUUGGGCAUGAUAGCGCAAAAGAAUGCAAAACCUGUCAUCGACUCGGUUAUGCGCUUCAGACGUAGCCACAACGAGAACGUCAGCAAGGAGAUCCUUACGUUCCAUUAUUCCAAGUAUCCUUCGUCGGCGCGAAUUGCUCGUGGGAUGGAGCCAGCUGCUGCUUUGAACGAGCGCAAAUCCCUAGCAUAUAUCUACAUCAUGUGUCGGACGCUGGUAUCCGUGCUUCAGAUGCUCUCAAAGGAUGCCCUUGGCGACUCGAUAGGGUACCGACUGGAGGAGACGACCUUCGAACAAUUUCGCAAACCUGAUAUUCACCUGCUUUCGCAGUCGGAAAACCAUCGCAUCAACGCCGAGUUAUAUGCCACAAUGCUGGGGCACUUAGCCAACAUCCGUUUCGUCAGCGUGACGGAUCGGUUCCUUAGCGAGCUGGCUCCAGUAUCGAGCGGUCAAGUUUUGAAGGAUUUGGACGCGAAAUACGAGAGCUUAGUGAAGGGCAUGCGUUAUGUCCCACUCAAAGUGUGGCCUCCCGAAGCUUUCGAAGAAGGGGCCGAGUUCAUGGAGUCUGUUGCGAAAGCUUUUGAGAAUACUCACGGCCUUCGGUUUAAGAUAGCCUUCGCCGAGACCUUGACUCGUUUACUCCACGGAAUUGGGAAGACUGCACAAGCUGAAGUCAACCAUCCGCAGUGGGAGAAGGCAAUCGAGAAGAUCCAUCCACGGGCGAAAGACAUGACGACAAAACCCCGGUACUGGCAAGCAGCAUAUCCGCUGGCCGUUACGGCCUUGUGUGUCGCACCACAUCAGUUUUUCUUGAAGAACUGGAGCAAUGCGGUUGACGCCAGCUUCGCUCGGACGAAAUUACAGGAAAAGAUAUUCCGUAUUUAUUCCAUGAAUGGAAUUAUGCGAAUAAUCUGGACAUAUCUAUAUCGCUGCCAGGAGCCGGCCUCCACGACUGCGUCGAAGCUAGACACUAUACUGAAGACCUUCUUUCCGUCGCGGGGCACUUUCCUCUUCCCUUACGAGGAAUUCCUCGAUUCCUUUGUUUGCAUUGUACAUUUUAUCUUGUCCCGACACUUUGAUUUUGGCAAGGACUUUUGUCUGGAGCUUGUGCAAGAGAACGCCCUGAAGUCCGCAACCUCCAGUGCCGCGCUUGCCGCCCUGGCACCGGAACGUCUUGAAAUCGCCGUCAACGCCAUCCUCUUGACUCUUCAUACCCUUGAGCGGGAUGAACCCACGCCCACCUGGCCGUCUGGAUCUGACUUCUCGUCAACUCAGCUAGGAAAUGACUAUCCGACAUCGUCCGAGUUCAUGUCUCCGGCAUUGCUUGCAAAACCUGGCAUUCAAGAUUUCUCCGAUCGCUUUGGAGCUGCGAUAUCCCGGAUCGCCCAGCUCUCCUUCGCGUCUGUCGGGAAGAUGUCUAUCUUCGACGACCAGUGGGCCCUCGCGCGCUGGAAUCCUGCUUAUGACGAAACCCAUAUCAUGAUCACGCGCCAUCACAAGGAUAUCUCUGUCACAUAUCCCAGCAACUAUCUCCCGCAAAUUAGCCUUUUGCAAACCUGCUUCCAGUCUUGGCCUCGCUGCCUUCACCCAUCACUCCCUCUUCAAGAUGCCAUUGAUAUGCUCAUUAGCGGAACCAUCCAUGUCGAGCCUAGGAUCGGUGAGGUUGCCAGAGCUGCGCUACGCCGCUUCAUGAAUGAGCCCAAGCACGCAAGGGCGGUGUUGAGGCAGUUCACAAAGUUUUUGUUCGAUCCGAGUGUCAUCAUGCGGGAGAGCACCACAUCGCGAGUGGUCGGGGAACACGCCAGGUUGCUUACGCAGUGGGGUCUCGGUGUCGAAACCUGGUUGAAGGAAAUACUGUCGAGCGGCAUCGCAGACGAAGACGCUGAAGCAACUAUUGCUCUCUGCAAUGACAUCAGUGCGGGGUGCCUGUUCUUACUGGCUCAUGAGUCGCAGUCCGUGCGUAAUUCAGGAGUCAAGGUCCUGCGCCAGCUUAAGCCAGUAUCGACGAAGCUACCGGGUGAACUUGCCUUUUCUAGGCAUUCAUUCGUUGUCUUGGUGGAGAGCCUGCACGAGAACAUAUCGAACGCCUCUUACCUUCAGGGAUAUGACGAUUUCCUGGAUCGUGCCGAGCUGGAUCGUCUAACACAGUGGAGGCACUCGUCUCAGGAUGAUGUCCUCCUUAGGAUAGCCGACAGUGCAUUGGAAAAGGACCGUGCUAUCUGGCGGCACGUCUUCCCGUCCUUUAUGCAAUCGUGCACGCAGAACGGGUUCAAGUCAGUCAUGGAUUGUCGCAACACCCUCGAGGCCGCCGCAUCUCGCUUUCAUCCAUUCAUGCUUUCCCUUGCUGGACUGAGUACCCGCGCUCCCAACGGCAUCGGCCGCCAAUUAUUCACUGCGGAGAGGGAGGGCUACAAACUCAUCAAGGAGAACUUAGCGACUCUCGAUCAGUGGCACAUGUGGAUCAAGAUUUUGUGUGCGACGGCGGUGAUAUCGGAUAAUAGGGUUGCAAUGGCCCAUGCCGGCAGAGAACACGCUCGGGCGCCGUCUGAUAUCACCAACUUCGAGCGGGAGCGGAUGACGACGACGAGGUGCUUGUUCCGUCUGCUCACGCCGUUCCUAGACUCCGAAUACACUCCAUUCCGUGACAUCGCUGUGCAAUGCAUCGGCUAUUUCCCUGCUGGCGCGUACCCCCAGCUGCUUGAAGAUCUCAACCUUUUCGCAUUCCGCCAGUUCUAUGACGAUGCACGACUGAAGAUGAACGGGCAGUCAGUCGCGGUGCUGCGCACACGCAGACAGGCGCGCCUCCACUCGGCGGUGGCCAGAAUUUACUUCAUCACUGCCGACCUCCUGCAACUGCAGAAAUCCUCCGCGAAGCAGGACGCGCUCUCUCACGCGCUCAAGUUCGUGCGCAACACGCAGCUUUUCCUCACCUCGCCAGAUAACCGCGACAGCUACGCGUUGCAGCGGCUCCGCCGAUACUUCUGCGGGCUUGUCGAGCGGCUAUUUGACGGCCUCGCGAGCCUGUCGGACUCGGACCGCUUCAUACCGGCCAACAUGCAUCUGACGCUAUACAGACUCUGCGAGGAGUGGUGUCAAUAUGGCAACCAGGCGGAGAACGUCAAGCAACGGUUUAUUCGGAUGCAGAGGGCAUCCAUUGCAGCUGCAAACGACCCGCAGGCUGAAUCGGACUCGGCAGAGCGCUUCCAGCACGAGACGAAGCUCUUGUCGAAUGCGUCGGUUGGAGCACUAGCUGCGCUUUGUCAAAAGGCGUAUUAUCAGCCUGAAGCAAUCGAGACCGGGUCACCUACCGAGAAAUCCGUGCAAGACUAUGUGCGGCCUCUGCAGGCGUCGGAAGUUUUACAUCGCAUCGAGUCCAUCAGUUCAUCGGCUCACCCUCAGGCGAGGGAGCAGGCCAAGAAAGCGUUGCGUUCGCUGCUCCUUUCUUCAAGGCUGGAGUCGACUCUACUGCAUGAAGCUCUGAGACGGGCUUUCGUUACCCAAAGGGUUCAUGACGACCACGCGGACAUCCUUCAAAGCACCGGGGCACUCUUUUUGGAAUGUGUCACGGAGAACGCUACCAGCAUGCCCGAAGAGACGUUUGACUUUGCCAAACUCGCCUGUCUGGGCCUAUCAAACCUCUGUCACCCCCUAUUCGAGAUUCGGAGGAUGGCGUUCAACUUAUUAUCGGUCGUCCACGAACGUUCAGCCGGCGUAUUAUCCAUUGCCGAAUGCGAGUCAUUGAUAGGAAGCUCCAUCCCCAGUGUUUACCUGCGCGCACCUCAGCUCAUCACGGAAUGUUUCGCUGGCGAGCAUUCAUCCAAGGCGGUGGAAAUCCUCGCUGAAGUCUCAGAGUGGCUCGUUCCUAUUUCUGGGUCUGGACACAGUCGCGUAUCGCUCGUACUCCUGCAGUCACUGGAAGCUUGGGUACCGAGUAUCACCUUGCGGACUGAAGUCGUAGACGAUGAUGUGGUAGUUGUGGGCCAAGGGACCACUGUCCUAUACCAUCUUAUCUCUAUCACCAAGAGGUUCGGAGAUUCGAACCCAGACCAAGUCGCCACUAUUUGGUCUCGAUUUGUGGAGCCGCCUCACGACCGCAAUGCUGUCAACACUGUCCUUUUCCUCGUGAACGAGGCUCAAAAAGUUUCCACCAGUUCGUUCACGCGGUGUUGCGCUGCCAUCGUCGGCUGCCUGUCACGCACAGCGAUGUGGGGAGAGGUGUUCAUUCAGCUCUGCACUAUAUUGGACCCCGAACGCACUCUCCCAUCCUACGAACACAAGCUUGGCGAACUUCCACCGUCAGAGCGGGAGCUGCUUUCUGACCUUGACCUCCUUUUUGCGGACGAGCAGUCCUCCAAACUUCUAUUAGGACCAGCCGAGUAUGCGUUACUAUGCAUGUCUGAGGUCGCCGUCGACCGACAGUGGAUUUGUUUUGAUCAGCUCCCCGUGCUGCUGCAGCUUAUCUUCGUGCACCUCGGUCAUCGCGUCCCCUUCGUCCGUACCCAGGUUCGCCGCAUGUUAUUCCAGUUGAUCCGGUCGUGCAUUCUCGUCUCUACGGACUCGCCUGAACGUGCAGACAUGUCAAAUCGUACAAAGGCGAUGUCUGCUUUGGCCCAAUUGGAAUCGCAAGGCGAAGAUCUGUUCUGGGGAGAUGAUGAUCUGUCGGACAUCUCGGAGACCAAGGUUCGAAGUUUGUGUUCCGAAGCCAUGAACAUCUUGGAUCCCUUGCUCCCGGACUUGCGACGAAGGCUUGGAACUACCGCUGUGGUAUAUGGGACGACGUGCCUCUUCCGCCACAUGGCCUCAAGGUCUCUCCAGGUUUAUCGCGCCUUGAGUGUUCCUAUGACAGAGGACGGCAUGGGGCGCCUUCUUGGUCGUCUUUCAGGCACUAUCCAGUCAUCCGAUCCCAAUGCCUAUAGCUUUGCCACAGAAAUUAUUCUCACUUUCAAUGCGUCGUUGAUGUGUGGAGAGCUCGACAAGUCCUUCCUUCCUCGUCUGUUCUGGGCUGCAGCUGGCUGCUUAUCGGUUACUAUUGAAAGUGUCUUCGCCGCCGCGGUUCAGUUGUUCAGCACCAUUAUCAAGGAGCUUGACAUCAACAAGCCUCAAAUUGUGCAACUCAUCACGGCUCAACGGCCUUCUCCUUGGGACACCGAACUUACAAUACAAGCGUGUCUCAUGACGGGAUUGCGCUCUGACGUCACCGUAUGGGCUACAUUUGAUGUCCUUCGUUCCCUUGCUAAAGUGGAAAGUUCGACCCUCAUCGACAAUUCGCAAACUCGCCUGAGGGACUUGUUCACGGUGGCAGUUCCAUGGUGUAUGCACGCUAUGACUCGCUCCGAGCACGAGGAAUCUCUGGAUGGGUUCUGCGCGUCUAUUGCUCGCCUAGCCGAGCUUGAAGGCCGCGAUGGUAUCUCACGCAUCAUGAACUCCUACAUCAAGAACCGGUUCCGGACUAAGGACGAUUUUCUGCGACAGUCCGCCACCGCUCUUCGCGAAUUUGGUGGAGAUCAAUGGAGGGAGGUUGUGACCCUACUUUUGGGAUUGGUCCUGAAUAGGGAGACAUGGAUUCAAAUUCAUGCAAUGCAAGUGCUCAAAUCUAUUUUUCAACAGAGGGAUCGGUCUAGUAAGCAAGCAUUAGCAUCGGAGCAUCUCAUGCCUCUCCUACGGCUUGUGGAAAGUGAGCUCGCCGAACAGGCACUCGACGUUCUCGAGGAGCCCAUGACUAUCACCGGAGGGCCAACGGCCAAACGCGUGCUGCGGAUGAGCAUGAUGAACGCCCCCAUGCCAGAAAGUGCGGAAAUCGGCGACAUUUUUGGCACCCCGGAGGAAUCUGGCUGGUCGGUGCCCCGCGCCAACGCCCGUCGACAAGAGUGUCGCUCCCGCAUGCAAGCCGUGUUUGAUAUGUGCCACAUCAGCACGCGGCCGUCGAUGAUCGAGUUCGAGCCCGAGGCCAGGCAACUUGCCUUCGUUGACUCCAUGCAUGAAGACCUCGGCGGCCUCGUACAAGAUCUGCACGAGCUAAGCGAGUUCUUCCAGAACGCGAAGCCCACCGGACGAGGCACGAUACCUAGCCAGCAGCUCCAGGCACGCGUGGCGUCUAUCAUGGCGCGCACGAACUCGGGAGAAGAUGAUAAUAUCCCGCAGACACCGUUCGGCGACGUGUUCGAGCUUGCUCCUCCCAGCGACUCCGACGACUCAGAAACGGACGACUCAGCGAGUGAUUCCGAGUUCGAUGCUUUCAUCUUCGACAAACCUUCACUGUACUGUAGUGCGCCCAACGGAACGAAGUUACAUUAAUUUCUGUAUAUUCUAUUAGAACGUAUUACUGUCGUCAUGCUUUCGUUACUCUAUAGUAGUUUACGGUAUUUACCAUUGGAACCUGGAAUAUGGAAAUGGAUCAUCAAUUUAACUAUGGUAUU